GUGAUUGGCGGCCGUCUCUCUCCCUCUGUCUGUCUCUCUGUCUGUCUCUCUGUAGGGGGCUGAAUGAGGGGAUACACUUCUCUCAGUCUCUCUGGGCGAGUGGAGGUGAACACAUCGUGUACAGCGAGGAGGGAGAUGGAAAUCUGUCUGACUUUAAUUCUUCUCUCAUCCACACUCACACUCACAGCAGCUGACAAUGUGAGGUUGGUGAAUGGUGGAAGUCGCUGUGCUGGGAGAGUGGAGGUUCUUCAUGAUGAUCAGUGGGGAACAGUGUGUAGUUAUGGCUGGGAUAUGAGAGAAGCAGCAGUGGUGUGUAGAGAGCUGCGCUGUGGGGAGGCUGUAAAUGUCCGGUAUUUAGCUUAUUUUGGACAAGGAUCAGGACCAGUCUGGAUGGAAGAUGUGGAGUGCAGAGGAUCAGAGUCGACACUGAAGGACUGUGGAUCACGUGGGUGGGGGGAAAGUAACUGUCCUCAUGUUGGAGAUGCUGGAGUCACCUGCUCAGAACAUGAAGCUGAGAAUAGUGAUGACACCAUUAGAGCUGAUCAGAAGACAGUUAUACAGACAGACAAUGUGAGGUUGGUGAAUGGUGGAAGUCGUUGUUCUGGGAGAGUGGAGGUUUUUCAUGAUGGACAGUGGGGAACAGUGUGUCAUUCUGCCUGGGAUAUGAAAGAUGCUGCAGUGGUGUGUAGAGAGCUGCGAUGUGGAGAGGCUGUAGAGAUUAAUUAUUGGGCUGAGUUUGGAGAAGGAAUAGGAGAAAUCUGGAUAUAUGAUGUGUACUGUAGAGGAUCUGAGUUGACUCUAAACAAUUGUAGCUCACAAGGGGGACAUUACUGUGAUCAUAGGGGGGAUGCUGGAGUCACUUGUUCAGCACACAGAAAGCCGAGACUCAGUGCUGGUCCUCACCGGUGCUCUGGGAGAGUGGAGGUGUUUCAUGGAGGUUCCUGGUCCACAGUGUGUGAUGCUGACUUUGACCAGCAGGAUGCAGAGGUUGUGUGUCGUGAGCUGGGCUGUGGGAUUCCUGUGAAGGUUCUGGGAUCAGCUGCUUUUAGCCGAGGGGAGGGUCAGGUGUGGACAGAGGAGCUUCAGUGUAGAGGAAACGAAUCUGGGAUUUACUUCUGUCCAUCAUCAUCUUCACUCAAACACUCAGCCUGUUCCCAUGACAACGAUGUGGGAUUAAUAUGUUCUGGUUACACAAAGGCGCGGCUGGUGAACGGACCGGACUCCUGUUCUGGUCGAGUGGAGCUCCUGUACCUCCGUGUGUGGGGCACAGUUUGUGCUGUAAGCUGGGAUAUGAGAGCUGCAGAUGUUCUGUGUGCACAGCUGGAUUGUGGGAGUGCUGUGGCUGUGGUGAAGGUGGACUGGUUUGGGGAGGGGAGUAACCACAUCUGGGCUGAUGUGUUUGAUUGUCAGGGGAAGGAGACACACCUAUCACAAUGUGGCGUCUCAUCAUGGAGUCGAGCUGCAUGCUCUCAUAAACAUGACGCUGGAGUCAUCUGUAAUGGAUCCUCUGUGGCACUUCAUGAGAGGCGAGUGCGGUUGUCUGGAGGGAGCGAGUGUCAGGGGGAGGUGGAGAUUUAUUUCAGGCAGGACUGGAGGAGAGUUCUCCUGGACUCGUGGAGUCUGUCUGAGGCGUCUGUGCUCUGCAGACAGCUGGGCUGUGGCUCUGUGCAGAACUACCGCUCCUCUCCAUCCACCACUGAACACAAACACAUGUGUGUAACAGGUUUCAGCUGCUCUGGUAGUGAGGAACAUCUGAGGAACUGCAGCAGUGCACAAGCUGAACCUGUCAACUGCAGCUCUGGGGAACAGCUCUACAUCACCUGCUCAGUUCCCAGCUCCAUCAGGCUGGUUGGUUCUGGGGGCGAUUGUGCAGGAAGGCUGGAGGUUUUCCACAGCGGCUCGUGGGGGACUGUGUGUGAUGACUCGUGGGGUAUUGAGGAUGUUCAGGUGGUGUGCAGACAGCUGCAGUGUGGAGAGGCCCUCAGUAACCACAUACCAACCUGGUUUGGUCCUGGAACUGGGACCAUAUGGCUGAAUGAGGUGGAGUGUGAGGGGAACGAGACGUCCCUGUGGAACUGCAGAUAUCAGUUGUGUGAAGAGGGUGAAUGUGGACACCAUGAGGACGUAGGAGUCGUCUGCUCAGAGUUUAAAGAGAUCCGACUCACGAAGGGCUGUGAGGGGAAUCUGGAAGUGUUCUACAAUGGAACCUGGGGUAAUGUGUGUUACAAUCAGAUGGAUGAUGAGCUAGAAACAGCAAACAUGGUGUGUGGAGAGCUGAACUGUGGAAGACGUGGCAGUCUGUCAUACACUGAAGCACGAGUAAAAUCUGCUCCUAACUGGCUGGAUCAUGUGAAAUGUAGGAAACACGACUCUAAUCUGUUGCAGUGUCCAUCUUCACCCUGGGGACAGACCAGAUGUGAUAAUCAUAAUGAAGUUGUUCAUAUUACCUGCACAGAUGAUGGAACGUCUCUACGUUCUCAAGGGACAUGCUCGUCAUUUCCUCUUCAGAAAUACUGCUCAAAACACUGGUCUCUCAGGCUGAGUGGAGGAAAGGGAAGCUGCUCUGGGAGGUUGGAGGUGUAUCAUAACUCUACGUGGGGCUCCGUUUGUGAUGAUCAGUGGAACAUCAUGAACGCUCAGGUGGUGUGCAGACAGCUGGGCUGUGGGUCAGCGCUGAGUGCUGAUGAUCGGUUUGGUUCUGGUGAAGGGACUUUCUGGCUGAACAGAGUGAAGUGUCGAAGGGAUGAGAUUCACCUGUGGGACUGUCAUCAUUCCCUGAAGAAACACACUGACUGCUCUCCUGCUGGAGUCACCUGUGCAGACAUAUCCACCGUGUCCACUGCUACACCCAUCACCACCACCACCACCACCACCACCACCACCACCACCACCAAACCAGUAAGAACCGAUCUAAACCCUGUGUCACCUGGACCUCCAUCCUUCCCCCCACUGGUUCUUGUGUUGGGAACGCUGCUCUUCCUGGCCUUAGUGCUUCUGCUGGUACUGUUUUACCAGAACAGAGUGCUCAGGAGAGUUGUCUCUAUGACGAUGACACGUAAGUCUGAGCCUGAGGCAGUCUAUGAGGAGAUCAACCACAGAUACAUGGCUAGAAGAAGCUUCACACAAAGAGGAAGUCUCCUCUCUGAAGAACAGCAUUCUGGGUAUGAGCAUGUGGAUGAUGAGCUUCUCUCAGUAAAGUCUGGGAUCAAAGAAAAGGCUGAGUAUUAUGAUGAUGUCAUGGACACCAGUGACAUCAUAAGUGAUCCAGGAAGAGUCGACCCACCAGAGGACUACGAUGAUGCCGUCACUGCUGGACCCAUCCCUGAUAACGUGGAUGAGGAUGAAGCUGAGAAUUAUGAUGAUGCCAUUACAGCUGAUCAGAAGUCAGUUAUACUGACAGAGGACGUGUCCGAGAACUAUGACGAUGCAGUUACCACUGAAACAAACACAAACAUCAUCACAGACAAUCCAGAACAUUAUGAUGAUGUCAUCACUGAGGAACAGGAUGUAGGAGAGACAGAAGACUAUGAUGAUGUGGAGGAGAAAUCUCAGAAGGACAGGGACCAUGUGACUGAGACACGUCUCCAAAGGCCUUUUCUCAGGAAAUUACAUUUCAACUUUUAUAAACACAAAAAAUGACUUUAUUAUACUUCUAAUAAUUUCAUUCAUUCUGAACCACGUUCAUUUUCUCACCUUGUUAUUAGUAGAUAAAUUAGGGAGAGUUAAAUCACCUCCAUUAUUACUUAACAAAUGUUUCCAGCUUUCCUUUUACAACACAUUUAGUACUAUAAGUCAUAGUGAGCUUAAAUAUCACUGACACACCACACCUCAUUAUCACCAGUUUAAUCCAUCAAACCGACUUUAAUGUUUAUUUCACUGUUAAAUAUUUUAUUUCACAUACACAUUUAUAUACAUAUACAGUUUGCAGUGAAAUUAAAAUCCAGCCUAUAUUAAGUACAUAGAAAUAAACUGAAUAUUAAAUAAAAAGAUACAAAUAAGUCAAUUAAUAAUGAAUAGAAAUUAAAUAACUAAAAUAAUGUGUGCAAUUAUGUUACAUGUAGUAAGAGUAAAGAAUGUGUAAACAGUGUGGAAUGUAAGACAUGUGCAGUUCUGUUACAUGUAGUAAGAGUAAAGUGCAAUGUGCAGAAUGUCAGAUUGGAAGGUUGUGAGUUCAAAUCCCAGGAUCACUAAGCUGUCACUGAGUGCCAUGAAUGUAAAUGUAAGGUGUGUUGAAGAAGAAGAAGAAGAAGAAGAAGAAGAAGAAGAAGAAGAAGAAGAAGAAGAAGAAGAAGAAGUUUUAUUUAUAUAGCGCCUUUCCGUAGCUCAAGGUCGCUUUACAUGUAACAUGUGUUACAUGUAGUAAAGUGCAGUGUGCAGAAUAUCAGUGAAGCAACUGAGUCUUUAUAGACUGUGAAGUAUUUGUAUAGUAGUCAUCAGGCUAUGGAAGUGAGAUGUUGAACAGAUGUUGAACAGACAGUUAAUGGGGUGGAUGGAGUCUUUAAUGAUUUCAGCAGCUCUGGUACUGCAUUGUCUGUUGUAGAUGUCAUUGAGAGAGGAAAGAACAGACCUAGAGAUGUGCUCAUCUAUACACACCGCUCAGAGGGCUUUACAGUCCUGGUUUGUGCUGCGUAAACACUUCACCUUCACCUCCAGUAAAGAAUGUUUUCCUCACACAUGAAUGAUAGUAAUAUAAUUUAAUACAGAUUGAGUGCUGAUUACAAUAAAUAUAGUACACUUUUGAUGAAUUCAGGAAUGUGU